AUCCACUCCAUCGAUCUGAUCCAACGCCCCAAGCAAAACCAAAACUCGUCAUUCCACCUCACCCACCAGCCAAUCCUACCAUUCAACCACCAUCUAUUAUCCCAAAACCCAUAUUCCCGUCCACGUCCGGAUCGACCUGCUCGCCUCUGCAAUCCAGGAAACGCCUGCACCUGCAUUCGCCUGUCCCCGUCCUCGAUACCCUGUUAGACCUCACCACCACCACCACCACCACCACCACCACCACCAGAUACUACUGAGACAGUGACGAGACGGAUUGACUACCUUAGUAAUCGUCGUCACUGCAAAAUAUUGCCCGCCGCCCUCACGGUCGAAAGGUCUCACUCCAUCACGAAUCCCCGUCUAUCACCGCUACGGCCCCCAGAUCCUUACCUGACAUCCUUUGCACUACCGUUCUACUAUUACCACCAACUCCGUCAUCCUUUUUCGUCGUCGCUGCCGCCCCUGUGCCUGCUCCCGCGACAACUCGAACGACCAAUACACGCCGGCUUUCCGCAUAAUCACAGGCUAGCUUUUCUUGCAGUACUGCAUCUGAAGAAUUGCUUGCGCCGCCGCUCACUGUGUUGCAUUAGUCUUCCGGUGACCAAUUUCUUCCAUUUUCUUUUUCUUUCUUUUCUCUCGUUCGUCGAGUUUUUGGUUUCCGACUUCUCCAUGGAUACCAACCUAUGGAGUCGCCGUACCAACUCGAGCAAGCUCUCAUUGACAACACCUGGAUCCGGCGGCCAGGUCGAUAAUUCGUCUUCACGCACAUUUUCCAAGCGAUUCGGCGGUGAUAGCUCGUCGCACGGAAAGACCAACCCUUUCAACUCUAUAACUACCCCAGGUGGGCUGGUGUCACCCACGGCCGGCGCUUCGAGCGCUUUUGGCCUUGGGUCUGGCGCCUUCGCCUCGUUCGGUUCGGCCAAGACUCCCAAGACUACCGGCAACCCGUUCGAGACCACCCUCAUCGGUCAUUCCGCGAAGACACCCUCCGCUGAGAAAUCUAGCAAGGAGGGCGGCCUGGGCGGCAAGACCGUUGGGAAGACUGCCUCCAACGCCUCUCUUGCCGAUGCCAACAAGAGGGCUCAGGGCGCAGUGUCCAACUCCCCGAGUUCGGGCCUAAAUCACCAGCUGCGCAACAGCUGGGUCUUCUGGUAUCGGCCCCCCAUCUCGAAGGCUAACGGCUUCAUCGAGUACGAGAAGACUCUGCACCCUAUCGCCACCUGCGAGACGGCUGAGCAGUUCUUCGCUGUCUACCAGCACCUCAAGCGCCCCUCGGGUCUGCCGCUGGUGUCCGACUAUCAUCUGUUUAAGAAAGGAAUUCGGCCAAUAUGGGAGGACGAAGAGAACAAGAACGGAGGAAAGUGGAUUGUGCGCCUGCGGAAGGGUGUUGCCGAUCGCUACUGGGAGGACAUUUUGCUGGCUCUGAUCGGUGAUCAGUUUGGCGAUGCCAGCGACGAUGUUUGCGGCAUUGUUCUCAGUGUUCGGAAUGGCGAGGAUAUUCUCAGCAUCUGGGCUCGGGCUAAUGGCCAGCGGGUCCUGAAGAUUCGUGAAACGAUGCGCCGGACCCUCUCAUUCCCCUCCGAGACCAAGGUGGAAUGGAAGAGUCACGACUCGAGCAUUCAGCAGCGCACUGCCAUUGAGGAGUCGCGUCGCGAGAAGGCGAACAACCGCGACCAUAGCCAGGGCGAUAAGCGGACUACCAACAGACAGCAGCAGCAGACGGAUAGCCGCCCGUAGCAUCUGAACACCUCGGCGAGGUUCCACGUGACGCAUAUUCCGUCAGUUUUCCAUCGUGCGGUGAUUCGCACCAUUUACAAUGCUGAAGGCAAUAACGUUACAGGACGUGUUUAGCGCGCGUCGGACAUAGAGCGUUUUGAAAUCAAGCGCUACCUCCGUACCCCUCAUACUUCUUUAAAGUAAGAGAUAUGUACAGUAUCCACAAGAAAAAGCAGCAGCAAGCAUGCGUUCCUGAGUUUUGGGCAACCCUUUUUGGUAGAAGCGGAAAAGAGGUGGUCUUCGGAUUGGGAACGGCUGUUUUCCUCUUCCUCUUCCUGCGCCUUCUUUCACUUGCACUUCAUUUACCCGCACGGCGUAUCAUUUUGAUGGGAUCAUGGCGGGUUUGGAACGGGGUUAAAGGCCGGAUGGAUGAACGGACGGGACGGCUGGAUCAAAUGGGAUGGAAUCUUGACGUGGAUUAGGCGGAGGGAAAUAUAUAACCUGUGCAUGCAUGCAUAUGAUGCUUGCUGGCAUGGUCCAUUGUUCUUUGAGCAUGCGAAACUGUAAGGGGGUGAAGCAGGGGGUAUGUCAGAUAUCUCGUUGAACGCUUGAUCCCAAGUAUUGGACGUCAGAAAAUCUCUUAUCAUGGUGUCUUGACUUUGCGUAUGGACAUGCCUUUUCAUUCGUACGGGCCUCCAUUAACACUAUCCAUUCAAGACCCCCC